CUGAGCCACGUGGAGCCGUGGGCAGGGCCAUGGGCAGCACCGGACAGCCCCCGAGGCGCCGCUGUGGGGCCGUGCGGGGCCCCUGGUUCCUGCUGGGCUUCGCCGUGGGGCUGGCGCUGGGGGGCAGCUUCCUGCGAGGCCUUGGGGGGCUGCAAGGCCCCCCAAGAGCCGAGGGUGCUCCCCCCCUGCGCAGCCUCCCCCCGCCCACAGUGAACAGCAGCCUGGCACAGGCGCUGUACGAGCGGGUGCGUGUCCUGUGCUGGGUCAUGACCAGCCCCAGCACCCUGGAGACCAGAGCCAGGCACGUGCAGGCGACCUGGGCCCGGCACUGCAACGUGGUGCUGUUCAUGAGCUCCGCGCCAGAGCCGAGCCUCCCGGCCGUGGGGCUGCCCGUGGGGGAAGGUCGGCAUCAGCUCUACUGGAAAACCAUCCGCGCCUUCCAGUACGUGCACGAGCAUCACCUGGACCAGGCCGAUUGGUUCCUCAAGGCGGACGACGACACCUUCGUGGUGGUGGCCAACCUGCGCUGGCUCCUGGCCGGGCGCUCCCCGGAGGCCCCCCUGUACCUGGGGAAGCGCUUCAAGCCCUUCGUGCGCCAGGGCUACAUGAGCGGGGGGGCCGGGUACGUGCUCAGCAAAGGGGCCCUGCGGCUCCUCGCAGCCGCCUUCGCCGCUGGGACCUGCACCCACAGCAGCCCCGUGGAGGACCUGGCGCUGGGGCAGUGCCUGGAGAAGCUCGGGGUGGCCGCGGGGGACUCCCGGGACUCCCAGGGACGGGAAACGUUCCACCCCUUCCCGCCGGAGCAGCACCUCACCCAGCCCCUGCCCCGCGACCGCUUCUACCCGCAGUACUCCUACUACCCCGUGCAGUGGGCCGCCGCGUGCUGCUCCGACCUCUCGGUCUCGUUCCACUACGUGGACGGGGUCCAGAUGCACGCGCUGGAGUUCCUGACCCACCGGCUGCGGCCCUACGGAUACCGGCACCGUUACAACCCGAAAACGCUGUACACGCCAUGACACGCCACGGCACGCCAAGGCACGCUAUGACACGCCACAGCACGCCACAGCAUGCCAUGACACGCCACAGCAUGCCA